AUGUGCUUGCGGUGUGGAAAGGAGUAUACUACACAAGAAACGCACUGCUAUAGAUGCUAUACAUGUCCGAUAUGUGAUGAAGACUUAGAAUCCCACCCUUUGUUAUACAAACACAAAGCUGGAUCGACUGAAGUUGAGUUUGAGCUCAUCAAAUCCAAACAUGAUAAAAGCAAGAUCGCAGCAAAAGCUGUGAUUUUCAAAUGCCCUAAUUCAGCUUGCCGGUUCAAGUUUGCAACGAAAGUGGAAACGAAACCACAAAGUUUGCAGCAAAUAGUGCAAGAUAAUAUUAAGGAUGAUACGGAUAUUAGAUAUAAUGCGCUUUUGAAUUAUUAUGAUUGGUGUUUGAAUUACCAACGAAUUUUAGACAAACGGCAACGAUCGAAGUGGAAGACAGAAAUUCUUGGAAGAUUUAAGAGUUUUGAGAUUGCCAAAAUCUUACAGAAUGAUAGUAAUUCACAACAAUUGAUAGACAAAGAAAGCGGUAAUAUACGCUCUAUCCACGAUGAAGAAGGUAAUCAAAUAUGCCCUCAUCCUAAACUACUACAUACAGAAAUGCUAGAAAUAUGCCCGACAUGUUUAGAGGAUAUAAGCGGGAAUAGAAUGGCUUUUAAGUUACCUAUUGUUUAUGCAAUACCGAUGGUAGGUUAUCCAUCAUCCAACGUGAAAGAGCUACAAACAGGUGAAACGGUAGAUGUUCCUAUUCUAUUGAGUUUUGUGAAUAAUGGUGAGGUUUCAAUAAAUUUGGGUAUUAAUGAGGAUGGAGUAGACGUUUUUUUAGCAAGCUCGUUGGCGCAUAAUGUGUGCAUUCCGGGAAUCAAUGAAUUUACUAAGCAAAAAAGCGGAGAAUUAUCUACAGUUCCUACAUGCCUACUCUCUCAUAUUUCUAAAAAAGAAGGAAAUUGGAAAACAGAAUUAGCAGGACGAGACCCUGGAGCUCUUACUCGGUUGAGAUACGUUGAGGCCUUGAGCUUUGAUGGAUCCGAGGAUACUAUAGAUGCGGGAGUCAAUUGGAUCACUUCACUCAUCCUGGUCAGAGUCACCAGCAGUGAAAGAAGUCGUAAGGGAAAGAUCAACUUUGUGCUGAAUGUUAGCGUCGAGCAAGGGGAAAAUGUUUCAAAUGCAGAAUAUCAUUGUUGUGCUUUGAUAUAG